UUGAGUGCUGCAAAUGAGUCAAUGCGCGGAGGAUACUCUCACCGGUUGCAGCUCUACUGACUGACACUUCACUGUUUACGGCGCGUUUUCUCCUGGCUCUCCGCGCAUCUCCUGGAAUCUCAAAGAAGGCUCGGACAUGAAAGAUAGUGAAUGAAAUGCCAUGCAACACAUCCAAAAUGAAUCCAUUUAUCGCUUUUCGUAAAGAUACCAAAUUGAUUUAAACCACGAGACCUCACUUGAAGCCUGUGAUUUGGGCAAUAGGAGAGAAGAAUCAGUAUUUGAAGGUCCUGGAAGCAGCCUAAAUGUGUUUAAAUGGCAGGAGCGCAGCCUGGGGUUCACGCUCUGCAGCUCAAACCGAUCUCCGUUCCAGAGAAUCUGAAGAAAGGCAGUAGGUUUAUGAAAUGGGAUGAUGAUUCAUCAACGGUUACCCCGGUGACAUUACGUGUGGACCCUCAGGGAUUCUUUCUCUACUGGACUGACCAGAACAAGGAAACUGACCUGUUAGACAUCACCUAUAUCAAAGAUGCAAGAACUGGAAAGUGUACAAAGACUCCAAAGGAGGCUAAGCUGCGAGAGCUGCUGGACGUGGGAAACCUGGUGGGGAGGAUCGAGAACAGGAUGCUGACGGUGGUGACGGGACCGGACAUGGUCAACAUCACCUACCUGAACUUCAUGGCCCUCCAAGAGGAGGUGGCAAAGGAGUGGGCAGAUGAGUUAUUUAGUCUGGCGUCCAACCUGCUGGCACAGAACAUGGCGAGGGAGUCAAGCCUGGAGAAAGCAUUCACAAGACUGAAGCUUCAACCAAACCCUGAGGGUCGAAUCCCAGUGAAGAACAUAUGCCGCAUGUUCUCGGCCGACCGGAAGCGUGUGGAGACGGCGCUGGAGAGCUGUAACCUCCCGUCAGGCCGGAACGACUCCAUCCCCCUGGAGGACCUCACUCCUGAAGUUUACAAAGCGUUCCUUAGCAACAUCUGUCCAAGGCCGGAAAUCAAUCAGAUCUUUGCAGAGCAGGGGGCAAAAGGCCGUACCUACAUGAACCUGGAGCAGAUGACAGACUUUAUCAACAAUAAGCAGCGUGAUCCCAGACUCAAUGAGAUCCUGUAUCCACCACUGAAAACAGACCAAGUUCAACAGCUCAUGGAGAAGUUUGAGCCUAACCCGGAAAUUCUCCAGAAAGGGCAGAUAUCAGUGGAGGGAUUCUCCAGAUACCUCAUCAGCGUGGAGAAUGGGGUCAUUCCUCCUGAGAAAUUGGACCAGAGUGAGGACAUGACCUUCCCUCUGUCCCACUACUUCAUCAACUCCUCUCACAACACUUACCUCUCAGCGGGUCAGCUGGCGGGGAACUCGUCGGUGGAGAUGUACAGGCAGACGCUGCUGUCCGGCUGCCGCUGUGUUGAGCUGGACUGCUGGAAGGGCCGAACGGCCGAGGAGGAGCCGGUCAUCACCCACGGCUUCACCAUGACCUCCGAAAUCUCCUUCAAGGAAGUGAUAGAGGCCAUUGCUGAAUGCGCCUUCAAAACGUCCCCAUUUCCUGUCAUCCUAUCCUUUGAGAACCAUGUGGACUCUCCAAAGCAGCAAGCCAAGAUGGCUGAAUACUGCAAAUCAAUAUUUGGUGAUGCCCUGCUGACUGAGCCUCUGGAGAAAUACCCACUGGAACAUGGGGUGCCAUUGCCCAGUCCUCAGGAGCUGAUGGGUAAAAUCCUCAUCAAGAACAAGAAGUCUCACCACAAGCCUUCGGACGGCAGUGCCAAGAAGAAGCUCUCAGAGCAGGUGUCCAACACCAACAGUGAUUCCUCCAGCGUGUUCGAGCCCUCGUCUCCCAGUGCAGGUCCCGCUGUUCCUGUUGAGGUGGAGGCUGAGAGUGAGGAUGAAGAUGAUGAUGAUGAUGACUGUAAAAAGUCGAUGGAUGAGGGAACCGCUGGCUCAGAAGCCAUCGCCACUGAGGAGAUGUCUAACCUGGUCAACUACAUCCAGCCCACAAAAUUCAAUUCCUUUGAAUCCUCUAAAAAGAACAGCCGCAGUUAUCAGAUGUCUUCGUUUGUGGAGACCAAAGCCCUGGAGCUGCUCACCAAAUCACCUGUGGAGUUUGUGGAAUACAACAAGCUCCAGCUCAGUCGCAUCUAUCCCAAAGGGACCAGGGUGGAUUCCUCCAACUACAUGCCUCAAGUCUUCUGGAAUGCAGGAUGUCAGCUGGUGGCACUGAACUUCCAAACAAUAGACCUGUCUAUGCAGCUGAACCUGGGCAUGUACGAGUACAAUGGCAAGAGUGGCUUCCGGCUGAAGCCCGAAUUCAUGAGAAGGCCAGAUAAGCAUUUUGACCCUUUCGCUGAGACCACCGUGGACGGCAUUGUAGCCAAUACUCUCUCAGUAAAGAUCAUAUCUGGUCAAUUUCUGACUGACAAGAAAGUUGGUGUGUACGCUGAGAUCGAUAUGUUUGGACUUCCCGUGGACACAAGACGGAAAGCCUUCAAAACAAAGACAUCGCAGAGCAACGCUGUCAAUCCUGUUUGGGAUGAGGAGCCAAUCGUGUUCAAAAAGGUUGUUCUUCCCACUCUGGCCUCUCUGCGAUUAGCGGUCUUUGAGGAAGGAGGGAAGUUCAUCGGUCAUCGGAUCAUCCCAGUGUCAGCCAUUAGACCAGGAUAUCGGUACAUUGGGCUCAGGAAUGAGAAAAAUCAGAAUCUCAUCCUUCCCACACUCCUUGUGUACAUUGAGGUGAAAGACUAUGUUCCAGACACCUUUGCAGAUGUCAUCGAGGCACUGUCCAACCCCAUCAGAUAUGUGAACUUAAUGGAGCAGAGAUCGAAGCAGCUGGCUGCACUUACAUUGGAGGAGGGAGAGGAGGACGAUAGCAAAGAGCAGGCGGAGCCUGGCGUGGAGCAGCCAGUGGGGGUGGAGCCCAAGAGUGAGCUGAAGCCCGCCCCCCUGGAGAAUGGAGUGAGCCACACCCCCAGCGCCACCCCCAAACCCGCCUCCCAGGCCCCGCCUCAGCCACAGCCCACAGGAUUGACUAAACCGGUGGCAGCUAAAACGGAAGAUAUCAUCCAAAGUGUCCUGACAGAGAUGGAGGCCCAGAGCCUGGAGGAGCUGAAGCAGCAGAAAGCGUUUGUGCGUGAGCAGAGGAGGCACUACAAGGAGAUGAAGGAGCUGGUGAAGAAGCACCACAAGAAGACCACGGACAUGAUCAAGGAGCACACGGCCAAGUACAACGAGUUCCAGAGCGAGUACCUCCGCAAACGCGCCGUGCUGCAGAAGUCGGCGAAAAGAGACGGUAAGAAAAGGUGCCUGUCCCCUGGCCAGGAGCAGGGCCAGGGCUUGUCCUUCUUUGAGCAAGAGCUGGUCCAGCUGGACCAGGAGAGCAAGGCCAAGCUGGCCAAUCUGAAGGAGCAGCAGCAGCAGCAGCUGCUGAACCUGAGGCAGGAGCAGUACUACAGUGAGAAGUACCUCAAGAAGGAGCACAUCAAACAGCUCGUGGUGAAACUCACAACAGUUGCUGAGGAAUCGCAAAACAACCAAAUGAAGAAACUGAAAGACAUCUGUGAAAAGGAAAAGAAAGAGCUGAAGAAGAAAAUGGACAGGAAGAGACAGGAGAAAAUCAAUGAAGCCAAAUCAAAGGAGAAGCACUUAACAGAGGAAGAGAAGCUGGAGAUAAACAGGUCGUACGUCAAUGAAGUAGUGCAACACAUCAAAAGGUUAGAGGAGGCCCAAACCAAAAGGCAUGAGAAGCUUGUUGAAGCCCACAAGAGUAUUCUCCAGCAAAUAGUUGAUGAAAAGCCGAAGCUGCAAAGCGAUUUGGACCAGGAGUACCAGGACAAGUUCCGUCGACUCCCGGUGGAGAUUCAGGAGUUUGUGCAGGAGACCACUAAGAGAAAAUUGACGGAUGAUGGAGACCAUGCUACACUGCCAGCCUCCUCCACCCAGGAGAGGCUCAGCCACAAGGGGGCGCAGUCGGAAGAUGACAUGGAGGAGGAGAAGAAAGACUAACCAUGGAAACAGAACUUUGUAUGAGGCACUAUUCUUUAGUACAAUAGAUACUUUCUGGACAUAUGUUUUUUUGAUUUUCUGUUUGUUUUUGGUCUUUGUACAUUUCUAUGCCCUUGAUUUGUCCCAAAGGCUUCUGACGUAGCAUGGCUGACAGAGCUUGCUAAUUUUCAAUAUUUAGACUUGGCUUUAUUUAGAAUUAUAUGUUUUACUGAUAGUGUGAGGAAUUCUUUUUUAUUAUUAUUAUUAAUUUGAUAUUUAUUUUUAAUGUUGAAUAUGUGGGUGUUAUCAUUGCUACUACAGUUUUUUUCUGAGUUUUGGUAUCUUCUCUUCAAAAUCUUCUGCAUGAGUGCAAUUUGGGCAAAACAAAUCAAUCUGAUGUCUUAUGAAAUACCGGUACCAGAACUAUUUAGACAACCUGUAGCUUUCAGGUGAUCUUACAAAAAGUACACAUUGUAAAUUUGCACUGAAAUUGGUAACAUUACUAUUUGCUUUGGGUGGCAAGCACUGGUGGCUUGCUCUUGUUCUGUUUCUGUUGCUGCUGAUUGUAGUUGUUUUGAGUGGUUUCGGUUUUAAAAGUAUCAUUAUUUUUCACAGUUCAUUGACAAAAGUACUAAAUGGUUCAUUAUCUGGAUUGGAGACACAGGAUCAUAUUUUGGGUACAGGAAUAGUCUGGAAAAUUGUAUUUUUCAGGGAUGCAUGGGUGUACUAGGUAUUUUACUGUGUUGGCAUACAUUUGUAAAUGUUAAACUAGUGAUAUGUUGUUCUUAGGUGUAGUGAAGUAGUUACUGUGAGGAUGUGUUUUCUUAUUCUCAAUAACUGGAGAAAAGCAACAUCAUGAUCAAGUUCAGUUUAUACAGGCUGUGCGUGUCUUUUUUUUACCUGGUGAUUUUGGAGCCGUGACCUUUUCUUCAUAACAAUCCUUUUUACCCUAGCUUUCUCAUAACUCGGUUCAUGUAGGGAUCGUAGGGAUGUUUGAAGUGAAAAAUAUGAAAACUUGAACAUGUUUUGAAUGUUUUAUAGUUAAAAUCCUGACCCUUUGUGGAAUAGAGUGUUCUGUUGCGUAAGAUAGGCCUAUGAUUCAUAUUUACUCUAUAUUGCAUGGAUCUAUAUAGAGGGGAUAUUUUCAUGAUAAUCCAUAUGUCCCAUGGUACGUAAAUACAGUAAACACUACAGUGCAGAGAGUGCAUGGGAAUUCCACCAUGUAACCAUGGGCAAGAUUAUGAAUAUGCACUUCUGAUGUCCUUUAGUAUGAUCAUAAUUAUGCAAUUUAUUACUUAUUAAAUCAAGUUAUGCCCAUGGCAUUUUUUGGUUUACCCCAUUGUUCUAGUUUAAGAUAAACUACAUAUUAAAAGUGCAAACUCUUGUGUUGGAGUAUUUAAUGUUGUUGUAUGUAAAUAGUCUCUCUACUGAUGGAUCUUCAGAGCUUUUAAAGGAAUUGAGCACUUUCUCUGGAAAAUUCCAUGUUCUUGUGAGUUCAUUCAACCAGAGUUAUAUUCCCCCUGCAGCCGUGAGUCUUCAGAUAUUUUGGGGUAUUUGUUUAUUGGCUGUGUUUCUCUUACAAGUCUGGCCAACACUUGUUAUACAUUCCAUACAAACAUUUUUUUUAGAUUCAGUAUGCUUUUGAAAGUUGUAAUAAGCAUUUCUCUGAGGAAAUAGAUAUUAUAAAGUAUUAAAGAGGUACCAAAACAACUCUCACCUAACAGAAAGUGUAGGACGUAAGGUCAGUGAUUAUUACUGGUGAAGGACUGGUGUAUUAUAUCACAGGAUGAUACUUUAUGUCAUUAUUAUGGGUCCUUUAGGCCUACUCGCUCAGUUUUAUGAUAUUUUGGGAAAUGGGCUUGAUUUUGCAGAAGAGUGCAAUAUUGUUUUAAAAGUUGUGAGAAUGAUGAUUGUUCAUUGUUUGUUUUGUAGUUGUUUGUCUCUUUUUUUAAGUAAUUAAGUAACCGAUAAAAGUUUACACAAUGUUUGACUGGAAAUGCUACCAUUGGGGGCCAUUUUGACCAGAUUUUUUGCAAAGAAACUCUCUGUGCCAUUCUUUCCUUUCUGACCAAAAUUUCUUCACAACGUAAGAAUUACUUGAAUUACUUUUAGGACAAGAAAUUAUUUUUGAUCGUUUUGAUGUGCAAGUCCUGUGCCUUUAUAUGUGUUAUCCAUUGUAGAUGUGGAAUGUAUAAAUGGCAUUUUGAGUGAAUUGACAUUAUUUAAGAGUUUUCAUUUUUGUAUGGUAUGCGCAUUUUAAAAAUGUUUAUACAACCAGAUUAGAUUGCUAUUGCUUAGUUGGCUAUUACUUAUUACGAAAAGUGUAAUAGGCUAUUACAUUUUAUGUUAACUAUUGAAUGCCAUAUUUUUUUCUCCCUUUAUUUAUGUAUCUCAGAUAGCCUCAUAGCAUAACUGAAAUGAAACAGGACAUAUAACUGUAUUGCUGGUGCCACAGUUUUUCAGUCAUUAUUUUCGAGAUGAGUAUAGUUAUAUGUAGGUGGUCUUGUGGUGCUGUGCAUUUGUUUGAAAUUAUUAAAAUGUUGUUGUGAAAGUUUUAUAUGAUAAA